AAACAAUUUUUAUUGGGUUAAGUACGCUUGUCAUCAAAGUUUUAUAAACAUCCCACGUGUUGUCCCGGAAAAUACAGUUUUUCGUUGUUAAUUGAGCCAUUUAGUGCACAAAAUGGCGAAAUUGUUUGUGCUUUACGAGCACGCAGCGGGCUUUGGGCUGUUUUCUGUGAAUGAAUUCGAGGAAGUGUCGAUGCUUCUGCCCCAGGUGGAGGCAUCCGUGACGGAUCUCAGUCGCUUCAAUGCCAUUGUGAAACUGGUAAGUUUCUCUCCCUUUAAGACCGCCGUGUCUGCCCUUGAGAAUGCCAAUGCUGUGUCUGAGGGAAUUCUGCCACAGGAUUUGGCAGUUUUCCUGGACACUGCUCUACCGGUGAAGAAGAAAAAGGUCACAUUGGGGGUGGCAGAUAGCAAAAUUGGUGCUGCAAUUGUUGAAGCACUGGGAAUUCAGUGUAGUCACACGGGGGCAGUUCCGGAGAUCUUGAGAGGGAUCCGUAUGCACUUUGCCAGCAUGGUGAAGGGAUUUACACCCAAAAGUGCAGGUGUGGCUCAGUUGGGACUGGGGCAUAGCUACUCAAGGGCUAAAGUUAAGUUUAAUGUCCAUCGAUCGGAUAACAUGAUCAUCCAAUCGAUUGCUCUGCUGGAUCUUCUGGACAAGGAUAUCAAUACAUUCAGCAUGAGGAUUAGGGAAUGGUACUCAUAUCACUUCCCGGAACUUGUGAAAAUUGUCCCUGAUAACCAUAUGUAUGCAAAAGUUGCGCAGUAUAUCAAGGAUCGGAAGAGUCUGACGCAGGAAUCCGUGGCAGAGCUAGAGGAGAUCCUGAUGGACACGGAGAAGGCUCAAGCCAUUGUUGAUGCCUCGAAAAUGUCGAUGGGAAUGGAUAUAUCCGUGGUGGAUUUGAUGAAUAUCCAAAUGUUUGCCGGAAGGGUAGUCAGGCUUUCUGAUUACCGGAAGCAACUGGCUGAGUAUCUGCAUUCGAAAAUGGGCAAUGUUGCGCCUAAUUUGCAAUCCCUGAUUGGCGAUCAGGUUGGUGCUAGGCUCAUUUCCAAGGCUGGCAGUCUCACAAAUCUCGCCAAAUAUCCAGCUUCGACAGUUCAGAUCCUUGGAGCUGAGAAAGCUCUCUUCAGAGCCCUCAAGACACGCACUAACACUCCCAAGUACGGUCUUCUCUACCACUCGACCUACAUCGGUCGGGCUGGCGUGAAGAACAAGGGCAGAAUCUCACGAUUCCUGGCCAAUAAAUGCGCAAUCGCCUCGAGAAUUGAUUGCUUCACCGAAGCUCCUUCAAAUGUCUUCGGGGACGCCCUGAAGCAGCAAGUUGAGGACCGCCUGAAGUUCUACGAGUCCGGAGAGCCUCCCCGGAAGAACACUGAAGUCAUGGAGGAAGCCAUGGCCCUCAAUGAUGAGCUCCAAAAGGCCGAGAAGAAGAAAAAGAAAAAGAAGAAGCGUGCAGCUGCCGAGAACGGAGACGUCUCCAUGAAGAGUGAGAAUGGUCAGGACACCACGAUGGACAAUGGCGAGGAGGAAUCUGCAGAGCCGCCCAAGAAGAAAAAGAAGAAGAAGAAGAACAAGGAGGAGGCAUAAACAAUUUUUUUUCUCUUGGAAAAAAUCAAAUGGAAAAAGAAAAUGUAUUUAGUAUCAUGUCAGAAUAUAUCCAUUCAAGUUUAUUUUCUUUUUA